UCGCACCAAAAAAUCUUGUGGCUGCCCUCGAAUGCGAACCCCCAGCUUCAGUUUAAAUUUGACUAUCGAAAGGUGAGUAUGGAACGGUUGAAUUUCGUCCGUUUGCUAUCGGUGUGCCUGGUCGUGCUGCUGGUGCGAGUCUGCAGUGGUCAAGAUAUUUUGGGAUCGUAUUUCCGGUGUCGCAAUGAAUAUGAUAUUGAGCCGAGUGUCUUUGAGGCGUUGCGUGCCGGUGACUUCUCCGUGAGGAACUCCUUCGUGGAGUGCUUUGGUGAGUGUUUUGUGAAACGAGCCGGUUUCAUGAAUGAUAACUUCACAUUCAACCGGGACACGAUCAUGCGCUUCAUGAAUCGGUUCGUCUCGAAGGAGAUUGCGGCGGGCGUGUAUAAAACCUGCACCGAGAAUGUGACACCGACGUACUGCGUCACGGCGUUUAAUGUGUACCAGUGCAUCUACGAGAAUGUGUCCAAGAAGUGGGACAGCCGAAAAUAGGCGGCCAAAUGUGUGUGUGUGGUGCGAAAAUCACGCUACUUAAAUGGCUUAAAUAAACCUGUUAUCUGUACAGACAGUUUCGUGUCCAGUGUCGGUAGCUUCUUUCAUUAUGGUGGAGUGGAAAGAAAGAAACAAAAUGAAAUAUCAGAAAGCUUUUUCAGUUGAAAUUGUGCAUAAAGAAUUACGUAUUCCAACUUUGAAGUCAUCGCCAUCCGAUCGGUAUCGGGAGCAUCGGCAGAACCGUUAUGUUUCCUACAUUUCGCACCCGACCGUGCUACCCAAUCUCAGCACAAACCGAUCGCAACGGACGCGAAAAAAAGAAGAAAUAAAGUGGGAAGAAGAGACAGAUAAACAGAAAGAGACAGAGAGAGAGAGAGAGAGAGAGAA